AUAAGUCUAUAAAUAAAUUUAUAAACAUUUCUAUAAAUAAAUUUAUAAACAUGUCUAAAUAAAUCCCUUAUUAAUCUUCGCUAAUAAAGAUUUUCUGUUUAGUAAAUCUACCUAAUCUAUCGGACAAAUAUAAGUUUGAAGUAUUUUCAACAAUCACUUUUGGUGACUACGUAGUUAACGAGAUUUGUUGAGGGAGAGCCACGUCAUCGUCGAUCCUGCUGACAGUUGCUGAUGUGUCACAACAUUGUCUCUUGUUAUUGUUGUUCAGAUCAACACAACUCUUCACAAUGAAACGAUGAACACACAAUGAGUUCAUAAACAGUAAACAUUUGCUAAUUUACAAUGAUACUCUUACGAAAACACUUUUUCUUGCUAAAACUAAACAGAUUUCAAAAUACUUCGUAACACAACAGACCAUAUCAGAAAACUAAAACUUCCUCAUCUCAUUCGGACUUUUCAAUAUUGUUCAUUCCCUCGAUUACAUUGUUUAUCCGUCAGUUUAUGUAAUAUUUUGAAGUAACCCAUCAUUGCUGCCUCAAGAUGAACGAAGCUCCAGAAAACGAGCGGCUUUUGGACAUGUUAUUUAAUACGAACGACGGAAUUCUUAAAGACGAAUUUCGUACUGAUCCUUUCGAUAACAUGGAUUGGCCUACUUUGGAUAUCAAUGACAAUUUAACAUUUGAUACAGAGUUUGAAGAUCUGUUCAGUGAAAUAAUGGAGAUUGCCAUUCCAGCAGUCUCCAGUAAUCUAGAUGACUCAUCACCAGAUUCAUGUUCUCUCUCUCCUAUUCCAUUGGCCACAACCAUCACAUCUAAAGAAAUUGAGAUGCAGACAAACCAGGAAAUCACAGAAGCCAUCUACUCUGACCAUGACUAUGUACAGCGUUCACCAUCUUCUAGUGACUGCAGCAUCUCUCAAAAAUCAUGCUCAUCACCAGUUCCACAGUCAGUGGAGAGUGAAGAACUCAGUCCCUCUUCUUACAUUAGCAUUGCUGCAGAAGGAGAGGAAGAGGAGAAGGAAGAAAAUGAAGAGGAGUUAGAUGCAGAGCUUGCAAACCCAGAAAGCAAAGACUCAUUCUCUCAGAGCUACAGCAAUAUAAACUUGAAUGACAUCAGUAAUUUAGGAUUAUCCAUAGAAUUAGGUUCUGGUGGUGAAAGCAUCUCAACUAACAAUGCCUGGGUGCUUAACGAUAAUGUCGUUAGCACUGAACCUACGCAGACAAUCAAAGUUAUUCGUUUACCUUCAGAAAAAACGUCAGAUUCUCUGUCAUACACCAUUAAACAUGAUUCUCAGUCAUCAUUAACAGCUAAAAAUAAUAAACUGCCAAUAAUUUUAACGGAUGAAGAAAAGACAUUAUUAACUCGUGAAGGCUAUGUCUUACCAACCAACAUGCCACUUACAAAAGAAGAAGAACGUGCAUUAAAAUCUGUAAGAAGGAAAAUAAGAAAUAAGAUUUCUGCAAAAGAGAGUCGAAAACGUCGUCAAGAAUAUGUUGAUGGAUUAGAAAAACGAGUUAAAUUUUGCACAGUUGAAAACCAACAAUUACACAAAAAGAUUAUGAACUUGGAGAAACAGAAUAUUUCCCUAGUAACACAAAUGAAGAAGUUGCAAUCUUUGAUUAUGUCUUCAACUAAUAAACCAGUUCAGACAAGUACAUGUCUUAUGGUAUUAUUGCUAUCUUUUGCCUUGAUUGUGGUGCCAGCUGUUAACCCAUUUCGGUCAAAGUCUAACACUUCUACUCAAAUUGUCUCACAAGGACGGAUGCCAGGAAAUUCGCGAAGUUUGCUUCAGAAAAUGGACGACCGAUGUUCUUCAAAUGAUGACAGUUAUCCAAUGUUUUUACAAAGAAAUCGUUUCCAAAAUCAACUACAAUCGCCAGCUGUUUGUUCAUUGACAGAACCACUUAAAUCUGAUAUAUCUGAUUCAGAUAUUGACAAAGAAUAUGGUCCAGAACUUUACAAAGUCCAUGAUCAACAGAUUUUCAAAGAACAUGAUCAUAAAUCUUACAAAGGCUAUUUUCCAGAUGUUUUCAAAGAACAUGGUCCAGAGUUGUACAAAACAUAUGGUCCUACAUCUUAUAAAGAGCAAACUCCAGAAAUAUAUAAUACACUUGAUCAAGAAAUUUACAAAGAACAAUAUGAAGAAAUCUAUGAAAACCAUGAUGAGGAAACUUACAAAGUACUAAAUGAUAAAUAUACUGGACAGGAUCAAGAAUUUUACAAAAUAUUGGACGAAAAAUUUGUGAAAGAACCCAGCCAAGAAAUUUUUAAAGAAAUGGAUAAUAAUAUUUACAAAGAACAGCCAAUGUCAUUUGAUGAAGUUGAUGGCCUCGAUUUACCUGAACAUAUUUUAAAACCAAAUGUAUCUAUACGUGUUGUAGCUUCUAUCCAGCCUGGAACAGGUUCAAUAUCUGGAGAUAUUAAACGUUCACUUCAGACAUCAGGUGCUACAGAUUAGACUGAAGACAAUUGUUGAAUGCAAUUGCUGACUCUCAUAAAAUAAAAUAAACUGGAGUUAUAUUAUUUUUAACUGGCAGAGCUUUUUACUA